AUGCUCCUCAUCGGCGAGGACCCGAAGAAACACAUCGAAAGCUACAGCAAAGAGUUCAUCAACAACUUCCUGGACCUCCUACGGACGACGCACGGCGAGAAAAAAGUACACAUCAACCAUUUCUACCAGCAGGUUAUCGCUGACAAGACUCACAUCCACAUGAACGCAACGAAAUGGAAAAGCCUCACCCAGUUCGCCGCCCACCUCGGCCGCGAGGGCCUCUGCCGCGUGGAGGAGACGGAAAAAGGCCUGUUCAUCUCGUACAUCGACCGCAGUCCGGAGACGCUGCGCCGGCGCGAGGCGAUCAUGAAGAAGGAGCGCCAGGACCGCGGCGACGAGGAGCGCGAGCAGCGCCUGAUCCAGGAGCAGGUGGAGCGGGCGCAGCAGCGGAAAGACCCGGCGGAGGAGGAGGAGGUCGAUCCGGAGGCGAAGAUCCUGCAGCGCAAGGAGGGGGAGAAGGUGAAGUUGAAUUUGGGGUUCGGGAAGAAGACGGAGGGACAACCGGAGGGGGAGGCGAAGGCAGAGUCGAAGUCGAAGUCGCCGGAAGCGAGUGCUGCUCCAGGUGCUACUCCUGAGGCAGCUUCGGAGACCCCCCCGACGCAGGCACCGACGCAGGCACCGAAACUGUCGCUGUCGCUUGGGACGCAGAAACCGAAGAAUGUGUUUGCGUCGGCGGCGAAGAAGAACCCGCUGGCGGGGAAGAAGGGGCCGGUGAUGGAGCCGGCGAAGAAGAUGACGGAGCAGGAGCGGAUCAUGAAGCAGGAGAUGGAGGCGAUGGAGCGGAAGAGGAGGGGAGGACCUGGCAUGCCACAGGCGAAGCGACCAAGGGUUGCGUAG